UGCUGCUCGGGAGGGAAGUGUCGCUGCUGUGUUGCAGAGGAGCAGAGAUACCGAUGUGCGACGUGGAAAGUCAGAAUGGCUUUUAUUAUAUUCUCCUCCGUGGUCCGAACCAGACUCAGUCAGACCAGUCUCUCCGUUUCCAUGCGGACUUUAAACUGAAAUGUAGCACAGGACCAAAGUGAGCCGCCACUUUUACGUGUGUCAAAGGAGAGGUCUUCGUCAUGGACGAGGGUUUGACUAUUACACUCAUAUCGGUGGCGAUGUUUGUCGGCUGUUUUGUACUUGGAUUCAUUCCACUCUUGUUCACACUUUCUGAGAGAAGCCUGCAGUUUGUGUCCACUCUGGGGGCAGGACUGUUGUGUGGGACAGCACUGUCCAUCACCAUCCCAGAGGGAGUGGAUUUACUGCAGGAGUCAUGGAGAGCAUCCUCUGCCUUUGAUGUGCCAUCUAGUCUGAAUAGCAGCGAGGGAAACGCCUCCUCCACAGAGAAAGGCCCUCCACCUCGUUUCUUCAUUGGUGUGGCUUUAACAUUGGGGUUCACCUUUAUGUUUGUCGUGGAUCAGAUUGGAAGUUACAUUUCCACGCGAGACCAAACGACCUGGUUACCUAACACCGCUGGUGUCACAGCAACUUUUGGGCUGGUUAUUCAUGCUGCAGCUGAUGGCUUUGCCCUCGGUGCUGCCGUGUCCACGGGUCAAGUGACCGUGCAAGUCAUCGUGUUUUUUGCUGUGAUUCUACACAAGGCACCUGCAGCCUUUGGUUUGGUCUCCUUCCUGAUGCACGUCGGCCUUGAGAAGAAACAAAUCCAGGGACACUUGCUGGCCUUUUCAGCAGCAUCGCCUGUAGUUGCCAUCACCACUUACUUCAUAUUACACGCAUCUGGCAGUUCGCCUCAGAACCAGCUCAACUCAACAGGUGUGGGAAUGCUCUUCUCCGCUGGGACUUUCCUCUAUGUGGCCACGGUGCAUGUUCUCCCCGAGAUCAGCAGCAGCAGAACAGACCAACACUCCUCCGGCCUUCAGCAGAACGCUGGCGCUCCACCAGAGAUCCAUCAUAAACGCCAUGUAGGACUCCUGGAGAUGCUGACUCUCAUUCUCGGAAUCGGGGUCCCAAUGGUACUGGCUCUUGGCUUGCACGAUGACUGAGAAAGGCACUGUGUUGCCUUACCUGAGAGGAAAAUGAUGUCAAACAAGUUUCUUCUGUGUACGGCCUGUAAGGGGUUAGGUUAUACUCUUAGUCAAAGCUCACUUUGAGUCCAGCUGUUGUUGGUCCUUCAGGACUUUGCUGUAGAAUCUUAAAAACAACGUAGUGUUGUCAGUGAAAUGGUUACAGUUAAAGCGGAGGACAAGGCAUGUGCAGGGACCAAAUACCGUCAGUUACAGAUGAUGUGAGAUAGUGCAUUUUUAACUCCUUUGUUUGUGAAGUGUAUUUUUUGUGCAACUAGUUUUAAAGAGUUGUUUCUCUGUGCAACUGACCAAACUUAUUGGACACAUAUUAGAGCAAAUACUGAGAUUACCAAGAGGGAGUCUCACUUAAUUUGUGCCCAUGAUAGUUUAAGAAAUAGACACGUCUGCAUUUCCAAUAAUAAAAAAUAAAAACUUGCUUUAUAAUAAUAA